AUGAUUGGAGCAUUUACCGUUGUAACAACACUUCAAGAAUCUCGUACUGCUCGAUUACAACGAGAUGCUGAUAUGACUAAACUAGAACGACAAGCCCAAUUGCAACAGGAAACAGAGAAACGACAACGAGAAGUGGAUGCUUUAAAGAUGAAAGAACAACAACACUAUAAUGAUUUAAAUGCGAAAGAAAUACGUAUGCAAAAUAUUUAUGAUACAUUUAUGAAAGAUAUGUCAUCGAUUGUUCUCAAAGAUAAUAGCAACAUCACCAUGCAAGAAAUACUUUAUGCUCGAGCUAAAACUUUAUUAGCUUUGGAACAAUUAGAUGUUCGACGGAAAUGGUUUUUAAUUAAAUUUCUGUACGAUAGUCAACUGUUGUAUGAUAAGACGUUAGGUAUGCGAUACAUUGAUUUGUCUGGAGUCGAUUUAUCUCAUGUGACAUUUGGUAGUUCGAAAAAAUUUUCUCGAAGAACAGAUUUACAUCAUAUUCGAUUAUUAAAACUGCAAUUACGCAAUGCGACAUUUGAAAAUGUGGCUUUAAAUCAAGCGAAUUUUGAAUUUAGUGAUUUGAAUAGUUCAACUUUUAUUGGUGUUUCAUUGGCUGGAGCGAAUUUUCAAGAGACAAUCUUAGAAAAUUCCAGACUCAUUCUAUUUAGUCUUCAAAAUUCGACAUUUAAAAAUUCUAAAUUAAGACAAUCAUCAUGGUUAUCGACAUCACCAACAGAAUUAUUAAUAUUUAGUAACAUCGAUUAUUCAAAUUGUGAUUUAAGUGAAUCAACUUUUCAAAAUAUAGUUAUAACAGCUGGUGUUCUAUUCGAUCGAACAAAUUUUGAACAAGUGAAAUUUUUUAAUAUAAAGUUUUCGACUGGAACUAUGCUUAAUAAUCUGAAUAUGAACAUGUCAAAGUUUGUCGAAGUUCGAUUACUUCAGGGAAAAUUCCUACAUUGCAAUAUGAUCGGAGCAAUUAUUGAAAAACCCCAUUUCAAAAAUGUUCUUUUUGAAUAUGUUGAUCUUCAACAAUCACAAUUUAAUGAUAUUUCGGAUUCUGGAAAUCUUCAAUUCAAUCAUGUCAAUUUAAUUGGUUCAAAUUUGAAUAUUACAAGUAACAAAAUCACUCGAAUAGCAGAUUCAUUUUUACCCAAUGGGACAUUUAAAACAUCAUUUAUACCAUUUGGAAUGAAUCUAAUAAAAAAUGGUGAUGCAGAACAAGGUUCAUGCUUUUACCAUACGAAUCUUAGUUCGAUAGCACCUGUCAUACAAAGUUGGUCAACACGUGUUGGUGAUGUGACACUAAUCUACUACAAGAAUAGUGAUGAUUGGAAAAUGAGAAUGUCAAAUAAUAGUGAUGAUUGGCAGUCAUGUUUUUUCUUUGGUGGUUAUCGAAAAUCAAAUGUGGACGAACAUGUUAUUCGACAAGAAAUCAAUGUUGAACAACUAUCUGUUUUGAUUAAUAGACGUCAAGCAGGAUAUCAGGCUAGUGCGUAUUUGGGUGGUUUUGAGGAUGAACAAAGUUCAACAUCAUUAAAAAUUGGAUUUAAAAAUACAAAAAAUAAAAUUGAAUAUGCCAUUGUUGGUCCAGUCACGCAUUUGGAUCGACAAAAUAAGACAGCAAUGCUAUUUCGUUCAUUCAAUGGAACAGUACCCAAUGAUACAAUAUUAAUUAGUUUUGAACUCAAAUUUCAUCGACAAAGAUCUCAUAGUGGACUGAGAUUUGGAAUGGCAGAUCAUUUAAAAUUUAUUAUUCAACAAAAAUAA